UGUCCAUGGUCCCUCAGGUCAGAAGAAAUAGUCUCUAAACAGAAAACAGCUCUGAUUGGUGACUUUCCUUCUUCCCUCCCAACCCCCUUCCUAAUUGAAACCAAAUGUGCAAUAUAUUGGAUGCUGGGAUCCCUGGCGCGUUCCCAGGAAUCCUCAGAAUGUGAGGUUUCUCUCAAAGGCAUCUUGCAUCAGCCUGUGGGUGCAGGCCUGCCACCGGGCUCCCUCACCGGCGAACUGGAAAAAGAAGCGCCUCGCAACAAACCCCUCUUUCUGGGUUGGGCGAACGCAGUGGAUUAUAGCUCUGUUUUCUUCUUUCCCAAACUGUGCACCCCUGGAUGAAAGUGCCCGGGGUGUGAUAGAAGGACGAGAAGACAUGGUCUUACCUGGACUGGAACACUGACAAGUGACUUGCCUUUCUCAUAUGCUGGUGGCCUUGUCUUAAGCCUAAGCAUAAGCCAUGGUUGUGAAGUGGCACCACUGCUUGAUCUGCUUUGCCUGGCCUCUUCAAUUUUCAUGCCAAUGAUGUAGACUCCCCCUAGCAAGGUGGAGAGGUCGCUUAUUAUUUCCAGAGGAAUCAUGACUCCAGUUCCAACAGCAUCUACUGAGAUGAUCCAGAUCCCCAGAAUGUCCUUGGUGCUGCUGCUGUUGCUGCCUAUCUUGAGUUCUACAAAAGCUCAGGUUAAUCCAGCUAUUUGCCGCUACCCUCUGGGCAUGUCAGGAGGCCACAUUCCAGAUGAGGACAUCACAGCCUCUAGUCAGUGGUCGGAGUCCACAGCUGCCAAGUACGGAAGAUUGGACUCAGAAGAAGGAGAUGGAGCCUGGUGCCCUGAGAUUCCAGUGGAACCUGAUGACCUGAAGGAAUUUCUGCAGAUUGACUUGCGUACCCUACACUUUAUCACUCUUGUGGGGACCCAGGGGCGCCAUGCAGGGGGUCAUGGCAUUGAGUUUGCCCCCAAGUACAAGAUCAAUUACAGUCGGGAUGGCACUCGCUGGAUCUCUUGGCGAAACCGGCAUGGGAAACAGGUGCUGGAUGGAAAUAGCAAUCCUUAUGACAUUUUCCUAAAAGACUUGGAGCCACCCAUUGUAGCCAGAUUCGUCCGGUUCAUUCCAGUCACCGACCACUCCAUGAAUGUAUGCAUGAGGGUGGAGCUUUAUGGCUGUGUCUGGUUAGAUGGCUUGGUGUCUUACAAUGCUCCAGCUGGCCAGCAGUUUGUACUCCCCGGAGGCUCCAUCAUUUAUCUGAAUGAUUCUGUCUAUGAUGGAGCCGUUGGGUACAGCAUGACGGAAGGGCUGGGCCAGUUGACGGAUGGGGUGUCUGGCCUGGACGACUUCACUCAGACUCACGAAUACCACGUGUGGCCCGGCUAUGACUACGUGGGCUGGCGGAAUGAGAGCGCCACCAAUGGCUACAUUGAGAUCAUGUUUGAAUUUGACCGCAUCAGGAAUUUCACUACCAUGAAGGUCCAUUGCAACAACAUGUUUGCUAAAGGUGUGAAGAUCUUUAAGGAGGUACAGUGCUACUUUCGCUCAGAAGCCAAUGAAUGGGAAUCUAACGCCGUCUCCUUCCCUCUUGUCCUGGAUGAUGUCAACCCCAGUGCUCGGUUUGUCACGGUGCCCCUCCAUCACCGAAUGGCCAGUGCCAUCAAAUGCCAAUAUCAUUUUGCAGAUACCUGGAUGAUGUUCAGUGAGAUCACCUUCCAAUCAGAUGCUGCCAUGUACAAUAACUCUGGAGCCCUGCCCACCUCGCCCAUGGCACCUACAACCUAUGAUCCAAUGCUUAAAGUUGAUGACAGCAACACUCGGAUCCUGAUCGGGUGCCUGGUAGCCAUUAUCUUCAUCCUCCUGGCCAUCAUUGUCAUCAUCCUCUGGAGGCAAUUCUGGCAGAAGAUGCUGGAGAAGGCUUCCCGAAGGAUGUUGGAUGAUGAAAUGACCGUCAGCCUUUCCUUACCAAGCGAGUCCAGCAUGUUCAACAAUAACCGUUCCUCAUCACCGAGCGAACAGGAGUCCAACUCAACUUACGAUCGCAUCUUUCCCCUUCGCCCAGACUACCAGGAGCCAUCCAGGCUGAUACGAAAACUUCCAGAAUUUUCUCCAGGGGAGGAGGAGUCAGGGUCCCCUGGAACCAGUGGUGGCCCUUGUCUUCCAGGCUGCAGUGGCAUCGUGAAGCCGGUCCAGCCCAGUGGGCCUGACGGGGUGCCCCACUAUGCAGAGGCUGACAUAGUGAACCUCCAGGGAGUGACGGGAGGAAACACCUACUCGGUGCCUGCCGUCACCAUGGACCUGCUCUCCGGGAAAGAUGUGGCCGUGGAAGAGUUCCCUCGGAAACUCCUCACAUUUAAGGAGAAGCUGGGAGAAGGCCAGUUUGGUGAGGUUCAUCUCUGUGAAGUGGAGGGAAUGGAAAAAUUCAAAGACAAAGAGUUCGCCCUAGAUGUCAGUGCCAGCCAGCCUGUCCUGGUGGCCGUGAAAAUGCUCCGAGCAGAUGCCAACAAGAAUGCCAGGAAUGACUUUCUUAAAGAGAUAAAGAUCAUGUCCCGGCUCAAGGACCCAAACAUCAUCCGCCUCUUGGCUGUGUGUAUCACCGAAGACCCUCUCUGCAUGAUCACCGAGUACAUGGAGAAUGGAGAUCUUAAUCAGUUUCUCUCCCGCCACGAGCCCCCAACGGCUACCUCCAGCGAUGUGCCCACGGUCAGUUAUGCCAACCUGAAGUUUAUGGCGACCCAGAUUGCUUCUGGCAUGAAGUACCUUUCCUCUCUUAAUUUUGUCCACCGAGACUUGGCCACGCGAAACUGCUUGGUGGGUAAGAACUACACCAUCAAGAUAGCUGACUUUGGAAUGAGCAGAAACCUGUACAGUGGUGACUACUAUCGGAUCCAAGGCCGAGCGGUGCUCCCUAUCCGCUGGAUGUCUUGGGAGAGCAUUCUGCUAGGCAAGUUUACGACAGCAAGUGACGUGUGGGCCUUCGGGGUGACUCUGUGGGAGACUUUCACCUUUUGCCAGGAGCAGCCCUAUUCCCAGCUGUCAGAUGAACAGGUCAUUGAGAAUACUGGCGAGUUCUUCCGAGACCAAGGGAGGCAGACUUACCUUCCUCAACCAGCCAUUUGCCCUGACUCAGUGUAUAAGCUGAUGCUCAGUUGUUGGAGAAGAGACACCAAGCACCGUCCCUCGUUCCAAGAAAUCCACCUUCUGCUCCUUCAACAAGGGGACGAGUGAAGCAGCAGUGCCUGGCAACACUGCAGUGGACCAGGUCCUCCCCACAAGGCUUACCACUUCCCCACACCCAAGCCACUUCAUCUGGACACUAAUGGACCUGAGAGACCAGGGCUUGUUUGCUUUGCUCUCUCUCUGUCCCUCACCUCCCCACUCUCCACACCUCCUCUCCCUCCCUGUGACUCAUAUAUACUUUGUUUUUUUACAUUAAAGAACUUAAAAAAAGAAGAAAAAAAGGCCUAGAGCAGAUAAAGUCUAGUAAAACAAAUCUUACUUGCUAUACUGAAAUGUUGGAUAACAAAGGCUAGAAAGUUCAAAUAAUUUAUAAAGGUUAAAAAUAUACUUGUGUUUAUAAAUGUGCAGAUUUCACAAUAUUCUUUCCAUGUUACCUUUAAAAAAAUAUCUUCAGAAAGAAAAACUUGAAAAAUACCAAGUUCUUAGGAGACAUGAGAUGAGGCUGAGUGGAAACACUUGGUGGAGGUGGACAAUCCAAAGACUCGGUGUUCAACAACUAAUCACAGAGGGAUUUCUAAUUUGGACUCUGGAUAUGUCCCACUCUGUAUUUCCCUCUCCUGUCAAAGUGGAUGACAAAUUCUUAAAAACGCCCAGUUUCUUGGAAUGGGUGUUUUGUUCAUUCUUGUGUGGGUUGAAGUCCACAUGCGAUACGACCCGGCUGUGGCCAGAAAAGAAUGUCUGCUGCAGAGCUGUACAAGAAGAAUUGGCACUUACAAAAAUGCAUGGAAGGCUUCUUGGAUUCAUACUGAACAGAGAGAAGGAGGUCUAUUGGAGACAGGUGUACUGUUCAUACUGUGCAUUAUUCAUUUGUGAUUUCUGUAGAAGAUCCUCUUUGUUUUGUUCAGACAUUUUCAAGUGUGUGUUUUAGUGAAAGCCUAGGAUUUUAAUCAGUAAAGACUGGUGUUUUAAUAUCUUGAUGGCAGGCCCUUUGGUUCAUCUUGUCCAGAUAUUCCAGCUCUUUUAUUGGGUGGAGCCUCUAUGAGACCUCUGGCCUGGGGGCUGAGUUUCUCAGUUAUAAAUACCUAAAGACCAUGUAUUCCAGGGAAUCGCUAUGUUCUGAAGGUGAGCUAGGACCAAGGAGUGGAAGUGAAAGGCAGACUGAUUUCUACUCCCUAUUAGGGAAAACAUAACCAGAGUGGUACUAUAAGAUGAAUGCACUGCCUCCAGAGGUGGGGAGGUUUGGUUUUCCCAUUGAAGAGGUUCAUACAUAGACUGAAGAGCUAUGACAGAAAGAUGAAGGUUUUCAAGCACAAGACAGUUGUUUGUGUGAGACGAUAUUGAAUGCCUUUGACUCCAAAGAGGUACUGAUGAGCGUCCACUGCUAAUGCCUUGGAUACACACUCUUGCCUCAAAAUGGUAUAACCAGUAGAAACAAUGGCAUGAGAUUCUAGCUUUAGAAUUCAUGGACCCUGCUACACUGUCCAGCAGGAGUCUCCUCGGAAUGGAUUCUGAGCUUCUGCACUCCACACAUCCUCAAAAUCAGUGGGGACUUCAAAAAGAAAACCCUUGGUUCUCAGUGAGAAGAAACAAGAAUAGAUUAAAAAUAACCUUCUUAAGCUGAGAACAAUAGUCUCAACCCCUUAGGUCUGCAUCUGUGGCCUCACCAGUCCACCUUCUACACAGUCUCUCAGGAACUGGAGUGUUUCUCCUGCUCAGUUUUCAGCACUGCCUGAAGCCACAGCCUGGGCAUCCAGCCCAAGUCUGCAGGAAUCAUGGUGCAAGUCAUCUUCUGACCCAGCAAAGCCCUUUCUCUAUAGUUGUCCUGUGACUGGGCUUUCAUCACUCCAGGGAUUAACCUAGCAAAGUCACCGGCUUGAGAGUCAGGGGGACAGUGGUUUGGGAACAUGGAUCCUCUUUCUGCAUCUAGCCAAAUGCAUCAGCUUGGAUGAACCACUUUGUCUCAAUGAUAUUAUUUCCUUAUUUGUAAAAUGGAAUUGGGCUAAGUCUCUUCCAGUCCUGCUAUGUUCAAUUCUCACUGGAUAAUUCGACCUAUAACUGAUGGAGAUUCAAUAGUUCAGUCAGCUCCUACUCUGCACAUUGUGGUCAGUAAAAGAGAUAAUGGAAGAAAUUGCUGUAAUAGUAAUAACAACAGUUGCCAUUUGUAUGGAGCUUUAAGUUUUACUGAACAUCCCGCAUAAAUCGUCUCAUUUGCUACAUGCAGGGUUAGACACGUUCUCUGUACCAUGGGGCCCACCACACUCUAUUUUUGAAAUGUGUUAUCUUCAUUUGUAUUAGGGGACUUGGAAUCGGGGCCUACAGCCUAUGCUCCUUAAUCCAAAUGCCUCUGCUAGGGCAAUUUCCAGACCAUGCCAUGGCUUCUUAGACAGCAAGAGAAAAUAAUAUCAUCGCCCUGUCAUUUGCCUAACAUACCUCCACUUACUGCUUUUAUGAUACUCUUCCAAUCACUGAAUUCCACAGUCCCAUAUUUUAUUUUAUUUUUUUAUUUUUUUGCUGUCGUAGUAUAGCAGGACACUUUCUAUUUAAUUAUUGUGCAUCUUUACAGCAUACACUAUGGUUUUCCAGAGUAUACAUGUAUUACAUGUAGAGCAACUCAAAUAUAUUACAAUAUACAUCCUCAACUGGUGACUUUCUACUCUCGUGCCCAUUAAGUAUUUUCUCCCUGGGCAACCCCUCUCACUCCCCACUGCUGUCCUCCUCCUAUACGUUCUGGUAUAUACACUUGCUAACCCUUAUUAUAUUUUCCAAUGUUUUGGUUUCUGUCAUAAAGUGCAGACGUUCAGUAUCGACUGAGUGGGACAUGCAGUGUCUUGUCUUUCAUGGUCCGGCUUGCUUUAGAGCCCGUAUUUGAAAAUCAGGUUUAAAAUUCUAUCAGUCUGGAUUUCCCCAAUCGUGAGUCACGGAAGUAAUCUGUAUCAGAUGGCUGCCAAAUAGGGACUGUCGUGUUUGGGUACCCUUCUCUGGGAUGAGAAAGGCUCCACUUCUUGGCACUGAGAGCUCCGUAUCAGACACAGGCUUAAUGUUUAGCCUAGUCAUACGUAGAGUGGAACAGUGGCCCAGUGGAAUACAUAGUGAAGGCUUAUGUAGAAUUUCAAAGUAACUCAAAUCUAAAUGAGAGGAUUAGACCACUGAGCCUGGAAGUUAUUUGGAAAAAGAGACAGAAAAAAUGAUGAGAAACUAGGGGGCCUCAUUACC